ACUGCAACCGUGGUUUUCUCUGUAAGGGUGAAGGACGUGACUUAUCAAUGGCAAACAUCUCAAGAAAAUUUCUUUUGCAAGCCAAUAUACCCCUUGCGCUGGCAAGACGAUGCUUUGCUGUCUCAGCUGCAAGAUCACAAAAGAUAACAGUAAGAUCUGCGCUAACUAGGGCUUUGAAUGAAGAAUUAGCAAGAGAUGAAAAAGUUAUUUUAUUGGGCGAAGAAGUAGCAAACUAUGAUGGAGCUUAUAAGGUUAGCCAAGGUCUCCUUGAAAAGUACACCGAAAAGAGAAUUAUUGAUACACCUAUUACUGAAAUGGGAUUUGCAGGCAUAGCCGUAGGAGCCGCAAUGCAUGGACUAAGACCUAUCUGUGAAUUCAUGACUUUCAACUUUUCGAUGCAAGCUAUAGAUCAGGUUAUCAACUCAGCUGCUAAAACCUAUUACAUGUCAGCGGGUAGUGUUAAAGUUCCGAUAGUGUUUCGAGGACCCAAUGGGGCUGCUGCUGGUGUUGCUGCUCAACACUCUCAGUGCUUCGCUGCAUGGUAUGCACACUGCCCAGGAUUGAAAGUGAUUUCACCUUAUAGUGCUGAAGACUGCAAGGGACUACUAAAAUCUGCUAUCAGAGACGAUGAUCCCGUUAUUUUCCUAGAAAAUGAAUUGAUGUACAACGUAACUUUCGAUACCCCAGAUGAGUGUUUGAAAGAGGAUUAUCUAAUUCCGAUUGGAAAAGGAAAAAUUGAAAGAGAGGGUAAUCAUAUUACUCUUGUUGCGCAUUCGAAGGCUGUUAGUCUUUGCUUAGAUGCCGCUGAGGAGCUCAAAGAAAUUGGAAUUGAGGCAGAAGUUAUUAAUCUUCGCACAAUCCGUCCAAUGGACAGCGAAAUGAUAAUUAAAUCCGUGAAAAAGACAAAUCACUUAGUUACGGUGGAACAAGGUUGGCCCCAAUUUGGUGUUGGAGCAGAAAUUUGCGCAAAAAUAAGCGAAAGUGAAGCUUUUGAUUAUUUGGAUGCUCCAGUUGUUAGGGUUACUGGUGCAGAUGUCCCAAUGCCAUAUGCUAAAUCGUUAGAGGAAGCAGCCUUGCCAAGAGUAAUGAAUGUUGUAAAUUCUGUAAAGAAGACUCUAAAUAUUGAACAGUCAUCGGCAGCCGGGCGCAAUUAA